AUGGAUAAGCUCAAGGAGCUUGAAUUGAAGAAAAGACAAUUGAAAGAGCUGCGGGAGAGAAGACGAGCUAAUCCAUAUGAAUCCAUAUUAGAUGAGAUAUUACAGAAAAUUAGGCAAAACGAUGAUGAGAGAAAGGAUAUCAACUCCAUGGUUUCUAUUUCAGUGCAAACUGACAUUCCAGUUGAUGCUUCAGCUGUAACAUUGGAUAAGGAGGAGGUUCAUCAGGUCAAAAAGAAGGCGAUAACUUAUGACAAAGCUAUCCAAACUUCUGCCUUAUCAAUCGAAACUCCAAGUCUAAAAGUACCAACAAUUGUUCAAGAAACUGACGAGGAUGAUGAAACAAGCUCUAUCUCUGAAAGCUCACAGGACCUUAUACCAUUAACUACUUUGCUUGUUGAGAGUCAGCAAAACUCAGUAUGUGCCAAGAGUUUUUCGUUGCAGGAGGUUCUUAGAGGUCCACUACCUAGUGAUAAGAGGUCAUUCAACUCAAGCUCCAUUUCCAAAAUCCUGUUUCUCGGAGAUUGGACUCCAAAUUUGGAAUUACGUCCUGGAGCGAAGCUCAGAUGCGUGUCUCUGGACUAUCACGAGGGUCUGGUGGCCGCAACAUUCCAGUCUGUUCCUUUAGACAAGUGUAAUGUGCUUUUAACGCCGUGGUCCCAUGUAUUGGUGUUCAAAUGGGAUACUUCGCAGUUGAUCGAUCGAAUUGACUUUCGAGGUCAAUUACUGUCCAAGACCAUGUUUCUCCGAAAAUCCGUGUAUUCUCAUGUUACAUCGAUGUUGAUUACUUCACUGGCUGGUAAAACAAUGCUGUAUGAGCUCAGAUGCGUUGAAGAUCAAGCUUCGACCAAGAAGAUUGAACGUAAUAUCAUUUCAAAGAAUCUAUUCGCAUGCCCAGUUCAUGCUGUAGAGGAAUACACCAAUGUCCCUAUAGGUUAUGAGCGAUUCAUUGCAGCGAGCAGUAACGGAGUGUUGAAUGAGUUCAACACUCUGGAUCUAUCCACGUACGCCGACGCUACUUCAGAUAGAGCUUCGUUAAGUGAUGUCAAAGUGGUACCACCGAGGCCUUCAGAUCUUAUAGCUCUGGGCGAGGACUCAGAUGACGAAGAAGAGGUUAAGACCAAAGAUCCGCUCGAAGUGGCUAAGAAGCUCUUCAUAGAUCGCCUAUCGAAAGUAGCAAUUUAUGACAGACUUGCUAUUACAGCAAUCUCAAUUUCACCCAAUGACCCUAACUGCAUCUAUAUUGGUUCAGAAGAUGGUGGUAUCUACAGAUUUCAUCUAGAUGAGGUCAAGUUUGGUGCCUUGAAAAUCCCUCUUGACAACAAUGGUUUCCUACCCAUCCACAGUGACCGUGAGUUGAUCGAUGAGAGCCCGCGGCUCUUUCACUCCAGUCAUGUCAUCGCAUUGGCGCACAAUACAGAUGGGUUACUGAUGUCCAGUUCUUUAGAUUGGUCCUGCAAAUUGUGGGAUCCGCUACAAAACUCACAUUUAGGAUCCAUCGACGUGGGCUCACCAAUUAUCGACGCUCAAUGGCUGGACGAAGAAGCUCAAUUGUGCGGCGUCUUGACCUGGGACAUCUUCCACAUCAUACAAUGGCAUUACAGCUCCACCGUCAAUAGCAAGACGCUGGUCAAACAGUGGCAUUCAGUAUCGAUACCCAAGAUUAUUCAUAAACUCACAGUCCAAGACUCAUCAUGCGAGAAUUUUACCUGCUUCAAGAUCUUCAAGCAAGGGGAAUCGCACCAUCUGCUAGCAAUAGGCUGCAACCAUCAGGAGGUGCGAUUCUACAGGCUACCAAUGGCUAGUUGA